AAUCGCAUCAAACUGCCUCUGGAGCACGCACCGCCUCUUGGUUACUCUGCUCCGCUAACUUGCCGUGAUCCCAACACCCCCCAGUCCCUGCACAAUGAUACAUCACACGGCGCCUGGCCUGGACCGGAUCUUGAUUGGUUGUCCGCUACCGCGCCUAUUGCCUCGCCCUACGUGCCACAGCUGGGUGAUCAUGUUGUCUACAUUGUUCGUGGGCACAAAGAGUACCUGGAGAAGGCCUGGCAAGGUGGCCGUGUGCCUCCGUUAGACCGAAGUCAACAGUCGCCCUCCUCUUCCGACAAUGCUUCCCUGAAUUCAAUGGAUUUAGGGCUGCCGUGGGAAGAGCAUCCCAGUCUGCCUAAGUAG